AUGGCUUUAAUAAAUUUCAAGGAGAGAAUUCAUAUUUUGUUAAAGCUAAAAGAGUCCCUAAUUCCUCAGGUUGAUGGUAAUUUUGUGAAGGAUUGGGAAACGGAAGCAAUGAAUUACCAAGUGACUAGCGAAAAUAUUAUAAUACACUUGAAGGAUAUAUAUUUUAUAGAAGGAUUAAUUACGCCUAUUUCAGCACAGCUAACCUUUUUGAGAAUCAAUUUACAAAAUUAUGUAAAUAUGUCAGAAAAGGAAAAAGAUAAAUUUAAAAGACUGUACGUAUUGGCAGCCCUUGGACUAAUUGCCAAACUGAAGCUUAUUUUAUUUUUUUCGACAUAUAUUAAUGCAAGGGAAAAUAAUCGGAACAAGAAUUUUCCAGUUUUUAGCGAAAAUUAUUAUAACCUAGGACAGUACAAUUGUGAAAGAAAUUAUGAGGAUAAGCUCAAUUUAAUUAAUAAUGGUUGUGAUCAGUGUGUGAAUAAUGAAGACGAGAAAAAUAGUACCUCUUUUAACCACGUGGACGAUUAUUACAACCAUUUUAAUUCAUGCACCGAUGAUUAUAAGGAAGACGUUUUUAACAUGAUGGCUUUGAACAACAUAAUGAACUGCAAUUCGCACUUGGGCAACGACAAAAACGUCAAUGACAGUGAAUACGUGGACAACAGCAUAGGCAUGUACGACAACUGCGUCGACAUGACCACGAAGCGCAUGAACAGCAACCACGUCGGCAUGAAUAAUGCGAGUGGAAACCAUGUCGGUAUGAAUAAUGCGAGUGGAAACCAUGUAGGCAUGAAUAAUGUCAGUGGAAAUCAUGUAGGCAUGAAUAAUGUCAGUGGAAACCAUGUAGGCAUGAAUAAUGUCAGUGGAAACCAUGUCAGUGACAAUCGAAUCGGGAGUAAUCACCAUAACCGCAACAACGUAAUGGGAAACCACGUCGGUGCAGGCCAGUACAACUCUCUACUCCACCAAAGCACAGAAGAAUACCCAUCGAACCUGAUGACCCACUUUGCAAUGGACAAAAACGAAGGUCUGCAAAACAUUCCCGCCGCCACAUCAAAGAAGAGAGCCGCGCAAAUGACACAAAGCCAAAACAAAACAGCCAACUUUCUAAAAAACUCGCACAAUUUAAAUGGAAUAAAAAAUGGCAUCAACGAACGCAUGCAGAAUUACAAUGAACAAAUAAAUAAUGAAACACAGCGCUUCUUGCAACAGAAUCAAGACCAAAUAUCCAAAUACUUAAAUAAUAUACAUCAAAAUAUUCAUGCUAACAAUGAAAAUGGAGAAUUUAACAGUCGGAAAUCAAACUUAAGCAACUAUUAUGAUAGUGACAGCAGUCAGGCAAAUAACAUUCUUCAAUCCUACACUAAUAAAAUUUAUGGCUUAAGUGACAAUGUGUAUAAGAAUAGCUACUUUUUAUGA